GUUUCUUUGUCUGUUUAACGUCAAUUACACCUACUGUAGUAUUAGGAGAUUCAGAUCUCGUAGUCUCUGUCCUUUUGCCGGCGAAUCAGCACCGUUCCGGAAAAUAUUGCUGCUCAGAUCCAGAAAAAUACAGUCUCUCAACAGUGCCUUCGAUUUCCCAAUAAUUCAACUCCAUUCAGAAUUUGUGUGAGGAGCUAGCACUCAGUAUGGGAACUGAGGAAAUUAAAAGGGAUAUUGAUACCAGCAACUGGCUUUUAGAAGUGGACUAUGACAAGUGGGUUGCACUCCCUGUUUCUGGUCCACGACCAUCUGCUAGAUACAAGCAUGCUGCAGCAGUGGUUGAUGAGAAACUUUAUAUCACUGGGGGCAGUCGUAAUGGUCGAUACCUGUCUGAUGUUCAGGUUUUUGAUCUUAGAAGUUUGACAUGGUCUAAUCUCAAAAUGAAAGUUGAACAAACUCCUGACAAACCAGAAGAUAGUGGCUCACAGGAAAUUAUUACAGCCAUUUCAGAUCAUAGCAUGAUCAAGUGGGGAAGCAAGCUUCUUCUUCUUGGUGGCCAUUCAAGGAAAACUACUGAUGCUAUGAUAGUGCGCUUCAUCGAUCUAGAGACACAUGCCUGUGGUGUCCUGAAUACCUCUGGACAAGCUCCGGUUGCACGGGGGGGUCAUUCUGUGACUCUAGUAGGUUCUAAACUGAUACUGUUUGGGGGAGAAGACAGGAGCAGGAAAUUGCUGAAUGAUGUUCACAUUCUUGAUCUGGAGACGAUGACUUGGGUUGCAGUAGAGGCAACGCGGACAGCCCCAGCUCCAAGAUUUGAUCACACAGCUGCAGUUCAUUCAGAGCACUACCUUUUCAUUUUUGGUGGUUGUUCUCAUUCAAUCUUCUUCAAUGAUCUUCAUGUACUGGACUUGCAGACUAUGGAGUGGUCCCAGCCACAAGUUCAGGGUGAUUUGGUAACUCCUAGAGCUGGUCAUGCUGGUAUAACAAUUGAUGAAAUGUGGUACAUUGUUGGUGGUGGAGAUAACAACAAUGGUUGCUUGGAAACUGUUGUGUUAAAUAUGUCUAAAUUGGCUCGGUCAAAGUUAACAACUUUACAGGAAAGGCACCCACUUGCUAGCGAGGGACUGAGCGCUUGCCCAGCACUGAUUAAUGGGGAGAAGUAUUUGGUAGCGUUUGGCGGCUAUAAUGGGAAGUAUAAUAAUGAGGUUUUUGUUAUGAGACUGAAACCAAGAGACUCAUCACGUCCAAAGAUUUACCAGUCAGCAGCAGCUGCUGCUGCUGCAGCUUCUGUUACAGCUGCUUAUGCCUUGGCAAAAUCUGAAAAGUUGGAUUUCCCUCAAAUAGAUUUAGACUUUAAGGGAGUUGAAAACAAUCAUUCUGAACAAGAUGUCAUGGUUGAAAUUGAUGCAAUUAAAGAAGAAAAAAAGGUAUUGCAAUUGUCGAUUGAGGAAGUAAGAUCAGAAAAUUCCAGGCUCCAGGAGAAGAUUGAUGAAGUGAAUAGUACUCAUGCUGAAUUAUCCAAGGAACUCCAUUCUGUCCAAGGUCAGCUGGUAACUGAGAGAUCAAGAUGCUUCAAACUUGAGGCACAAAUUGCUGAAUUGCAGAAGAUGCUGGAAUCUUUACAGUCCAUAGAAAAUGAAGUUCAAAUACUUAGGAGACAGAAAUCUGCACUGGAACAGGAGAUGGAGCUUAAUUCAGCAGCCCAGAGGGAGGGUUCUGGUGUCUGGAGAUGGAUAGCUGGAGGCAACUAGAAGUUGCAGAUACCACAGCAUGGAUUUUGCAAUUAUUUUUGGCUGAACCAACAUAAGUAGUACAUGAGCUAAAGAACGUGGAUACCUCAGUGGGGCGAAUGGUACUUGAAAUAUUGUGUAUCAUCUGUCGGUAUUCUUAAAAGGUGCUUGUUAGCUUUUGACUGUUGGAGAUAUGUUUUCAGGAGACAAAUUCCAAAUUAGGUACAGGAAAAUAGUCUAUGGGGUGGAAUUGUUCUUUUCUAGGUUGCAUGGGCAAUUUAUUUAUUUAUUUUAUUUUAAUAAAACCUUUUAAUACAUAUUAUUACUUGUUCAGAGGCUCCUGUAACCUGGUAAGAUCCAUGCUCUUGAUUUUUUUUUCUUCUUUUUUUGAAUUAUAUAAAUAAAUCUCAAAACAUUAC